UCUCGGGGCAGUGGGGAGCCCCCGAGCCGUAGGGGAGUUCUCUCCCCCGGAGUCAGGGCAGCAGGGGUGGCGGCAGUCGAGCAGGGGUGGGUCGUCCCCCGAUGUGUGACAUGAUCGACUCGCAGUCCGCCGAGAAGAUCAGCAGGAUGAAAAAGUUGCGGAGAACUUUAUCGGAGAGCUUCGGCCGAAUAGCCUUGAAGAAAGAAGAUAGCAGCUUUGAUGAGAUAUGUGUCACAAAGAUGUCUACACGGAACUGCCAGGGAAUGGAUUCAGUGAUCAAACCUCUGGAUACAAUUCCUGAGGAUAAAAAAGUUCGAGUUCAGAGGACACAGAGUAGUUUUGAUCCAUUUGAGAAACCAACUAAUCAAGUGAAGAGGGUUCAUUCAGAGAACAACGCUUGCAUUAACUUCAAAACUUCGUCUGCAGGGAAGGAAUCACCUAAAGUCAGGCGUCACUCCAGCCCCAGCUCUCCUACGAGCCCUAAAUUUGGAAAAGCAGACUCAUAUGAAAAACUGGAAAAACUAGGGGAAGGGUCCUAUGCUACAGUGUACAAAGGAAAAAGCAAGGUAAAUGGAAAGCUGGUGGCAUUGAAGGUGAUUAGAUUACAAGAAGAGGAAGGAACCCCAUUUACCGCUAUCAGGGAAGCUUCUCUUUUGAAAGGAUUGAAACAUGCAAACAUUGUGCUGCUUCACGACAUCAUUCACACCAAGGAAACCUUGACACUUGUGUUUGAAUAUGUGCACACUGAUUUAUGUCAGUACAUGGACAAACACCCUGGAGGGCUUCAUCCAGAGAAUGUGAAGUUAUUUUUAUUUCAGUUGCUGCGAGGACUGUCUUACAUCCACCAGCGUUACAUUUUGCACAGGGACCUGAAACCACAGAAUCUUCUGAUCAGUGACACGGGGGAGUUAAAGCUGGCAGACUUUGGUCUUGCAAGAGCUAAAUCAGUCCCCAGUCAUACAUAUUCUAAUGAAGUGGUAACCCUAUGGUACAGGCCUCCAGAUGUCCUUCUGGGAUCAACAGAAUAUUCCACCUGCCUUGACAUGUGGGUACUUGGAACACCAAAUGAAGAUACGUGGCCUGGAGUCCACUCUUUACCCCAUUUUAAACCAGAACGGUUUACACAGUAUGGCCCUAAAAACCUUAGACAAGCCUGGAAUAAGCUGAGCCAUGUGAACCACGCAGAAGAUCUAGCCUCCAAACUACUCCAGUGUUUCCCAAAGAACAGAUUGUCAGCACAGGCAGCUCUGAGCCAUGAGUAUUUCAGUGAUCUGCCCCCACGGCUAUGGGAGUUAACUGAUAUGUCUUCUAUUUUUACUGUACCGAAUGUAAGAUUACAGCCAGAGACUGGAGAAAGCAUGAGAGCCUUUGGAAAAAACAAUAGUUAUGGCAAAGGUGUAUCAAACAGCAAACAUUGAAGAAUACCUAUGUUCACAACUGAUAAUGCAGGAUUAAAUUUACCAGGUUGGAGGAGGGAAACAAAAACCUAAUGAGGAGGCCGACACCAGGAAGGAACCACGGCCUGUUUCCUUUCUUUCUCUGUGGUGGAUUUCAUUCAAAAGAAAAUUGAAGCUGGCAAGACCCUGUUUUUCCCUGCAAUUUAUUUAAAAACCUUGCACGCAUUUGGAUACCUUGUGAUUUCAGAGAACUAUGUGCAGAUUAAGCUUUUGCUUACUGAUACAUGGCAUGUACUCUUUCAGUCUUUUGUGUUUGAUUUUGUUUGAUUUUCCACUGCAGCGCUGCAUCUUUGUAAGCACCAGCAAUGUCUUAAAUACUUUCAGACAACACAUUUGGUGUUCACACUUCUUCAGUAACAGCUGUACUAAAAGAGGCAAUGGUGGCAUAAAGAACUGUGUGUUUUCUUUGAGAGUUAUGCAUAUUUUGCAACCAGUGGGAAGACUAUUUCUUCCAGGGCAAGCCCAGCUUGUCUGAUCAGCUGACAAUUAUAACACCUUGCCACUCUUCCUGAAGUGUUGUUGGGUUAUUUCUUUUUUCAUUAUCCCCUCAGACCAUUCAUAUCCAUUUUAAAAACAUGGCAAUAAUUGCAUGUUUACUUCAGUACUCUGAAUUUGGUUACUCUGCUUAGGCUAUGUAGCAUGCCAGUUUUCAAAAUAGGCCUGUGAGAAGGACAAAGCAAAAAUGAUGAGAUGUAUGCAGCUGACAUUCAGUGAAUAUACAGUGAAUUCUUUAUGAUUUCAUUUCCUUCAAGAAUAUAUAUUUCUUUUAUGGGUCUUGGUUAACAUCUCUGUUUUUCCUCGCAGUAGUUACCUGGUUUGGAAUGUUUUCUUGAAAACAGAGAUGCUGAAACUGUUCUGUUUAAUUCAAGGCAGAUACUAAGGUACAGAAAAACUUUCAUUGAAUGAGCCAUUAAAUCUAGCUGUUUUACUUUGCCAUGUACAAAGCAAGGUGAAGAAUUUUCCUCAUCCCAAAUUGUUUGCUGUUCCACACCAAAGCACCUUUCAAGUUAUUUUCAGUACGUAUUCUGAGCUGAUUGGAAGGCACUACAUGAUCCUUGGUCUUUAGAUAGCUUUUCUGAAUGAAUCAUUCAAAUGCAAACUUUGCAAGAAAUUGUGUGAUUUUAGAAAAGGAAGCCCCGAUACAUUAUGGUUGGGGAGAACAUUGUGUUCAGGGGUAUGAAAAAACUGUCCUGACUGUAUACAAUGCUUUGCAUUCAGAAAGGGCAGGGUAUGGUGCAAAAAUCACUGUUGAGUUAUAGUCCUGCUCGGACAGAAACGCUUGCUAGGCAAUAUUAUUCUACACAUAAAUUUGACAUCCUUUGCUUGCUGGAUGCAUUGAAUUACAUUUUUAAGAAGUGUGGUAACACUUUGGUUAGCUUUCAGUGUUUAAAAGGAGGGGAAAAGGAUUUGUGCUACUGCCAUCUUAUUAAACUCCAGCAGUGUUUAAUAAGAAAAAAUCACCCAAUAAGGCAAAUCCUUGAAUGCACAAGUAGCUACGAAAGGUCUCUUAAUGAACUAGGACAGGAGUCUACACUUUCAAAGAGCUGAACUGUGGAAAUAUUCUCAAUAUUUGUACAGCCAUUAAAAGACAAUUUUCCCCCAUGACAUCUCUGUUUCAGGAUCUGCAAAAAGCCAUCUGAAAGCCACUUUCAGUCACAAUCCUAUUUAGAACUUACUACAGUUUUUCCUCUGUGUUUAUAAGGGGAAAAGUGACCACUGAACUUUGAAUUUAUCACACACUGAAACUGCCUUAGAUGUUGUUUGUUUGGGUUUCAUAUUUCUUUUUUUUGUAAGAGAAAAGUCUUUUAUACAUUAUCUUUGCUACUUAAAUCGUGUGCAGUUUGAUGAUUAAAAUUAGCUAUUUUUAAAAAAAAACUUGCUGCAAAAAUCUGAAGAAUUUUUGAAAAUGUAACAAAGAUUUUGAUUAGGAAUAUAAGGGUAGUUCCAUAGAUGUUUCUACUUGGCAGCUUAAAUUGAGAGGCAAGCAAUUAUGCUGCUCAGCUAACCAUCUGAAGGUUUAAUAUAGAAAGUAAUUCCCCAGCUGUUCCCACAAGCCUAGCACAUUACUAUCCGUAGUGACUCACAUACAGUAUUUGCUUAAGGUAUGUAUGUAUGUGUGUAUGUGUGUGUACACACACAUGCAAGUGAGAUUAUCUUCUCUGCCCCAUUCCCACUUUUAAGCAACCACUGAAAUAAAGUUGGUCCAAAAAUCUUUGAACUCAAUUGCCUGAAGGAAAGUUCAUAAAUAUCUAGGCUUCUAAGUAGUAACUUAUUCUUCAGCAGUAGUGAGGGUAUCUCAGCUACUGAUCAUUAAGAAGUGACCAGGAUCUCUUACUUACGCACCUACUUUCCAGGCCCCCUGAUUGCCUUGGGUUUGUGGUGACUUGGAUUUGCUGCUCUCCUGUGGAGGCUCUGGGCCCUGGGGAUGUUCUCCCAGCACCAAGGGGACAGCACACUGUGCUGUUCACAUGAGCCCUGCAAAUUAAUCUUCUGAAACAUCAAAUCUGAUGGGAAAUAUCAAGGGUUUUUUAGAAAGCAGAAGCUCCUUUGGCCAGGGAACUGACAGCAGUACGGCCUUAUUUCCCUCUUCCCUUUUCCAGCAGAGCCCUUACCUGCAUGAGUAGCCUGACUGAGAUACAUCAGUUAGGCCCCCCUGACAGCUGCCCAAUCCUCCAGCUGUUUUCAGCACAGCUCUUCUCAGUGAUGCAGAGUGGACUGUUUAAAUCCCAUCAUUGGUCUUUAGACAGCUUCAGCAAAGAUCAGUAGUAGAUCCUUUUCUCUCAUCCUUCCCAAAUCAGUUCCCCACAGCAUCUUCAAAGGGACAAGAAGUAGCCCAGCCUUCCAGAUGUGCUGUGGGUACCUGGAACGUGAAGUUUCAUGCUGUCAACAGUCAAAAGUUGGCUUCAGUGACCAGUAGUCUCUGGAGCACAGUCCUUGAGAAACUGUGCAACUUUCUUGGUGUCAGUAGCCAGCAGCAGCAUAACUUGCGUUUUCCUACCACUUGACUGAGCCCCAGUAGAUCCUUCCUGGUGAUACUUGAGAGGAUGUGGCUUUGCUGCAAGACGGGAGAGCAGCUACAGGGCAACAGAUAUAGCAGGCAGAUAAAAGUGUUCUAACUCUCUGUGGGAUCUAAUAUUAAGUGAACGGGGAAGGGAAGAUGGUGACAGAGAUGGCCUGCAUGAUACAGAGAGUCCUUACAAGUUUCAAGUUCACGGAAUCUGACUUUACUAGUCAACCAGCUGGAGAUGGCUUAGUCCUCUCUCCUGCUGGGUUCAGAUCAGCUCUAAUCCACACCCAGCAGGCACCACACCAGACAGGACACUCCAAUACUUCCUAUAUUACAUUACUGCAUGGUGUCCUGGAUUGGUUGGGUCCUUUUAAUUUCCACUAUUUUUUUUAAUCAGAACCAUGACUUAGGACAAGUCAUCAGUACAACAGUGAAAAUUCAAUCUGCACUAGAUAGAGGCACAGGGGGUUUUGCUUUCUCUUUAAUGCACAGGGGUUCUGCACUUCAGACUCCUGGAGGGAGAUAAGAUAAUAAAUACCCUGUGGGCUGGUGGGUGAAGGACACCCCUCAGUGCACCCUGUCAGUGCACGCAACCAAAUGUGUAGUCAAUGCUCUGAUAUGCUCAUAUACAAAAUAAUCAUCUGUGAAUAUUAUUGGGUCUGUAAUCUUUGUUAUAUAAAAGGUUUAGGCUGUACAGACUGGGGAGCAAAAUGCAGACACCUCAUAUAAACAGAAUUAGGCUGCAUUACUGAGCAUAACGAUACUGUCCCCUACCAGCAUUUAGGUGGAGUGACUGUAUGUUACUGCCUUGCAUUUUUCACAUAAGCAAAAAAUCUGAAAGUAAAGGAUGCACUAAUAAUUCCCAUCCCCCAAAAUGCAUUUCAAUGGUGCUGCAUACAAAAUCCCUGCUUGCCAGCUUCCACGCGGAUUUUUAUGUGGUGCACCAAGAGGUGUUCUUUUUUUAACAAACAAAAAAGGGGAAGGCUGGUACAUGAAAACAAUGUUAAUGUUAUUAAAUAUAUAUAUACUUCAGAAGAACAGCAUAGUAAGCAGUACAGUAAAAUAAAUGUCGCAUUAUUUGUUACACCUUGUAAUUUGUCUGUAUUAUGAAAGAUGUAAUGGUUUGUCAGCUGUAACUGUUGUUUUCUUGUAACAUCAUAUUGAAUAAAGUGUAGCAGAAUCUCUCUUUU